AUGACACAUUCCACGGUUAAAAUCCGCCUGCAAGUCUGGGAUACUGCCGGUCAGGAACGAUUUCGAAAACUAGCUCCAUCCUAUAUUCGAGACGCUCAUGUAAUUCUGGUAGUCUUCGAUCUCACUUCUCCAAGUAUUGUGGAACAAAUAUCCCGGUGGACGCUUUUCGCUGAAAGAGAACGAGAAGAGGGAGCUAUUGUGGUACUUGUGGGCAGUAAAUGCGACCUUAAGCAAAGACGGCAUGAUAAGCUCACUAUGGACCGGAUGAUGGCAGAAUAUAAUGCGCCAUAUGUCGAAACUUCAGCAAAAACAGGCUUCAAUAUUGAUGAGGUGAGCUGUGGUUCAGAAUGGCAGCGCUUAUAA